AUGACUUUAGGACAAUCCAACACUGAAGCUGCUAAGCAGAACCUUACUCCUGAUAUCUUUAAAUCUGACGCUGAUAAAGCUAAAGAGAGCGCCGAAGGUGGCGUGAGAGACCUUACCGGGAACUCACACGGACAUGAUGCCUUCAGACAGGACACAGGAAGCUUGACCAACGCUCUUAAACCUUCCGGUGGACAAAGUCUCACUGAACAAGCUGGACAGCAACUUGACAAAGGAGCUUCCCAUGUCCAACCUAACGAAAGUAAAUCUACCACUCAACAGGCUCGUGAUUACAUUACCCCAGGGAACGAUUCUACUGGCGCAGGUGGCAUUUUGAGUCAAGUCGGAGAAUCCAUCUCCAACGCCGCUGUAGGUGUUAAAGAUGCCGUAGUUGGAAAUCCUUCUUCCUCCAAUACCAACAACACUCAUUAG